GGAUGGAGGCCAUGAUGGUCGAAUGCCGGAAGGAAGCCCAGGCUGCCCAAGCCAAGGCAGAGAAGAUAGAGGCCAAAUGGACAGAGCACUGUGCGGUUUACCGCCAGCUCUACGCCAAGCACGAUGGUCUCCUCAAGGCUGUGAAAGAGGCCGAUGAGCAGGCCCAGGCCAAGAUCAAUCAGCUGGAGGCCGAAAAUGCCCGGUCAGCCGAGGAAAUCGCUCGGCUGGAAGAUGAGCUGCAGAAAGAGCAAUCGGAGCGUGCCGCCCUUGCUGCUUCCUGGGCCACUCAAACGCCUGAGGAGUUUGCUGCUAAGGCGUUGCCUGACCGGGAGACUGCCAUCCGCUUCUUCCAAGGCUUGUACAAGUACGAGGUCUCGGCCGGGAUUGUCGACGAAAUCGGAACGUACGGCUUUGAAAGCGGCCAGUACUCGGAGCGGAAGGCCCUCUAUGGCAUCCUUCAGCAGAGGAUCCAAAUUUUUCAGCCAAAGGCUCUUUCUCUGCCCGAGCUGCACUCCGAGGCGCCUGAACCUCCCUUCCCGGGCAUCUGAUCCGUCCGGCCUUCCUUCCUCAUCUGAUUUUCUCUCUUUUUUUUAUAUGAUGUAAUGGUCUGCCUCCGGGCACUUUUGUAUUUCAUUGACAUAUUAAUGAAAAUAUGCUUUAUGUUAUCAUUUCUCAUCAUUUCUCAUCAUUUCUCUUCAUCUUGGAUUCUUUAACCGUUUAGAUUGAUAAAUAACAGCCCGGCUUUAUUUACCCGGCUUAGAAUACAAUUUUACCCAAGUC